UACACAUACAUAUACACACAAAAUACACACAUUCAACCCACUUAGACAUGCACACACAAACACGCACAAACACACACAUACACACACACAAACAUACACACCCAAACUAAAAGACAAGAGACUGAUUUAUCUGUUUAGUUUUCAGACAUUGUACAUUGUAGACAUCGUACAUUGUAGACAUCGUACAUUGUAGACAUUGUAGACAUCGUAUAUUGUAGACAUCGUACAUUGUAGACAUCGUAUAUUGUAGACAUCGUACAUUGUAGACAUCGUACAUUGUAGACAUUGUAGACAUCGUAUAUUGUAGACAUCGUACAUUGUAGACAUCGUACAUUGUAGACAUUGUAGACAUCGUAUAUUGUAGACAUCGUACAUUGUAGACAUCGUAUAUUGUAGACAUCGUACCUUGUAGACAUCGUACAUUGUAGACAUCGUAUAUUGUAGACAUCGUACCUUGUAGACAUUGUAGACAUCGUAUAUUGUAGACAUCGUACCUUGUAGACAUCGUACAUUGUAGACAUUGUAGACAUCGUACAUUGUAGCCAUCGUAUAUUGUAGACAUCAUACAUUAUAGACAUUGUAGACAUCGUACAUUGUAGACAUCGUACAUUGUAGACAUCGUACAUUGUAGACAUCGUACAUUGCAGACAACGUACAUUGCAGACAUUGUACAUUGUAGACAUUGUAGGAACUAGAUUCAAGGUUUAUUUCUGGACAGAUUUGUGUCCGUGGGGCGCUCUGUAGCUCGUCUGUGGGAGCUCCAGGUCCUCACUGCAGGGGCCCGUGUUCAAAGCCCACCAUGAGCCCUCUUCCUUUCUUCACCAUCACGAUCCAUGAAGAGCGAAAAGACCCCAAAACAAUCUCAAAAAGAAUCAAUGUGUUAAUAAAUCUGCAGGUGGAAAUGUACAUUCAGUUUGAGUGACUAGCCAAUAAAGGCUCACUUCUGGUCCCGGUGCAGCUCUGGUUCUGGCCCCUGUGCAGCUCUGGUCCCGGUGCAGCUCUGGUUCUGGCCCCUGUGCAGCUCUGGUCCCGGUGCAGCUCUGGUUCUGGCCCCUGUGCAGCUCUGGUCCCGGUGCAGCUCUGGUCCGGGUCAAUCAGACCCACAUGAGCUUCAUUAGCGGCUGAUCAGAGCGGCAGCAGAGGAGCAUGUGAUGUCACCCGGUCAUGAGACUCGACGCAGAGUUUCAAUUACUUUUAAAAUGGAACGGAGCUGACGAGCUGCCGCUCAUUAAGCCGCCACAUCUCCGCUCCGAUUGGCCCGAAAAAUCGUGGUCCCGGAGUUUUGAUCCCUUCGGGUCGUCAAAUUAAACCAACCCGGAGCGCACGUGCUGCACGUCGAUUCACUUUAAAACCUCGUUUGAAAAAACUACGAGUAAACGUCUGAACCCGGUAACCGGCGGUUACGUCACCGCAUGCGUCGAGCUGAAUAUUUUUUUUUUUAAAUGGCGUUAAGAGACCAACGUGAUUCUUCCGGCAAGCACUAAACAACCCGCUCAGUGAGCUGAUAGCCACGGCAAUAACCCGCAGGUUGUGCAAGACGUUAAUGUAUCACCUGAACAAUAAAAAUGAUUUCCUAGGUCACAAACCUUGAGGUUGAUCAUCCCCUUUUUAUUGAUCAGUGUGCUAUAUGCACACAUUGACCCCAACGAGACUUACAGUAGUUCCCAGGGAACAGUGAAGACGCCUUAUCGGGCCCCGUCGAGAAACGCACCUAAAACGAUAACGACCAAUUGUUUUUGUUUUUCACUUCAGUUAUUGUUUCAGAUUUAAACAAUCUAGUGCAAUGUUAUGACGCACAAUUUAGCGAAGCGAAGAGUGUGAUAAAGCACGAGCCGUGAUUAACUCCAAUGUCAGGUUAACUUUAAAUGUCUGAUAAAACACAGAUUAGAGUUAACGUUUGCUAACGUAACAAAUGGAGGCAGCAUUUUGAUGAGCCGCUUCGGUAAAUAUAUAAAAAUGUAAACAGCUUAAAGCUGAUUUGCAUGUGGGAGCACACGUGUGUCCUUUGCCCUGGAUGCAUACAUGCAAUGUAACAAGUUAAUUAAUGAUUUUUUUUCAGGGGUGGUGAUAUUUCGCCUGUUGGACCUCAGAUUUUUCAUUCAUAGAAAAUUAACCCAAACGGUUCAGUCACGCAUUCAAAAAUGUUGCUUAAAAUAUAAAAGUAUACACAAGUAUUUGCAUCAAAAUAAUAAAUUACCAAAAGUAAAAGUUGCUCAUUAUGCAGAUUUACCCGUUUCAGAAUAAUAUAUAUAUAUUUUUACACUGAUGUAAAAAGUCUUAUCUAUAAUAAUACAUUAGGAUCUAUCUGUGGAUUAUUAAACGCAACCUGUGAAGUGACUAUCGUUACAAAUAGAGUGAAACAAAAAGUACAAUGUUUCCAUGGAAACAUUGUACAUAAAAUGGAAAUACAAAGUAAAGUUCACGUUCAUAUUGUGUAAUAUUUGUCUUUCUUUCUCUCCAAACUAUCCAUUCAUAUAUAUAUACUGUACAUACAGUACGUACAGUGACCAGACUUACACAAUAAAAAGAAAAAUCACACACACACUUGCUCACACGCACACACAUUUCUACAACCCAGAGUCCCAAUUGGCUGCAGCUGAUGAAUGGGCGAGUUGUCGACCAAUCAGGAGCACGUGACCGGUAAAUAUGUAAGCUGAUGUGUUAUCGGCCGGCUGCACUCUGACUGUCUGACUGUCCGACGCACACAUUCACACACAGUCAGUGACAGGAACACACACACACACACACGCCCAACAGUCGGCUUUAUAUUCAUCAUCAUCACCACCAUCAUCAUCAUCUGUCAUCCGUCCAUCAUGCACAGCAAAGACCAAAUCAGUCAUGACGAAUACCAGAAGACAGCUGAUUGGCUGAGGUCUCAGACUAAGCACCGCCCCCAGGUGGCGAUCAUCUGCGGAUCCGGACUGGGCAUGCUCGCUGACGCGCUCAAGUGUCAGGACUCCUUCGCUUAUUCUGACAUACCAGGCUUCCCACAGAGCACAGUGCAGGGUCAUGCAGGUCGGCUGGUUUUCGGGGAGCUGAAGGGGAAGACGUGUGUGUGCAUGCAGGGUCGCUUCCACAUGUAUGAAGGACACUCACUCUGCAAGACCACGUUUCCGGUUCGGGUCUUCAAGCUGUUGGGGGUGAAGACUCUGAUCGUGACAAACGCUGCCGGCUCAUUGGCCGACGGCCUCCAGCCCGGUGACAUCAUGAUCAUCAAGGACCAUGUCAACUUCCCCGGAUUGGUCGGCCUGAACCCGCUGAGCGGACCGAACGACGACAAGUUCGGGCCUCGUUUCCCGGCCAUGUCAGAUUGCUACAACAAAGACCUGCGUUGCCUGGCGAUGGAGAUCGCCAAGCAGAUGGGCGUGGCCAGCCUCGUGCAGGAGGGCGUGUACGCCAUGGUGGGCGGGCCCAACUUUGAAUCCAUCGCAGAGGCCAAGCUGCUGCAUCAACUCGGUGUGGACGCUGUCGGUAUGAGUACGGCUCCCGAGGUCGUCGUGGCGACUCACUGCGGUCUGAGAGUGUUCGGCCUCUCUCUGAUCACUAACAAGGUGGUGAAGAGCUACGAGGACUCGGACAGUGUGAACCACGAGGGCGUCCUGGAAGUCGGCCGUCUGCGCUCUCAAACAGUGCAGCAGUUAGUGACCGAACUGAUCAGCAGGAUGGAUAUCAAUAACAACUCCACCAACAACACUGUCUGAGCACACACACACACACACACACACACACACACACACGCACACGCUGCGUAUGUAUAUUUGAUUGUUGUAUUUACAACAUUUUCUAGAGCUUUUUCGUAUUGUAUCACCCUUCAUGUUACUUUGUCCUUUUAUAUUUAUAUAAACCUAAUAUUUCUCUAUCAGGGUACAUUUGAGUGUCAGUAUUGAUGUGUGAUGUUUUAUGUUGAUCCAACAGAUUAAUGUAUCUAAUGGUGCUUUUAAUAUAAGACAAAGAUGUUUCUGAAGAUUCUUCUCUAGUGCGUUUUAUUUUGUAAAAACAUUCACUGCCUUCCUGAUCGACGUUCAUCUGAUUAAAUAACAUGCUGUCAA